UAAAUAUGCUUUUACAGACAAAUUUUUAUAGUUGUUUUUUUGUGUGUGUCUACAAAUUUGCCUUUCCAUGUAAAAAGAAUGUCUUCUUCUCUACUUCCUUAAUUUAUUUGGAACUUCCGGUUGUAUCUCAUUAAUUACAGUAGAACGAUCUAAUUUUUCUCCCCUUCUAAAUCAAUCUGUUAAAAUAGUUGUUCCUCGUAACUCGGUGCGACUCAACAGCUUUGUAACAUUUAGUUAACAAAUGAAUUAAUUUGUCUGUCGACGUUUCAGACACCAGGCCAGCGAAAUGACGAGCGCCCUGAAGGCCAAGGUCAAGUCAGCGGCGACCUUGUUGCAGCAGAGGAAAAUGCUGCAGAGAAACCUGCGCAGCCUCCAGCAGCACUCGCUGUCCAGAGAAAUUCUCUCAAGUGAGCACCACGGAUUAUUUUAUUUUUUAAUGUAUAUGCGUUUAAACGCUUAAUGGUCCUGAUUAAACUUUAAGUUUUAUAAAUUUAAAAGUUUCAUGCUCUUAAAUAAUCUUUUAGUUUUACGAGUUUGAAAUAUUAAUGCUCUUAAAUAAUCUUUACAGAGUAAUGUUCUUUCAUAAAAUUUAAGUUUUAUGUUUUGUGUCAACAAUUUUAAAAAAAAAGUAACAAUACUCAUAUGAUACCAAAAUGUAUUCUCAUCCAACAUUUGCUAAGCUACCAUAUUACUGAAUUGGAAGAUUAAAUAUAAAAGUUUUGGUAAAUUUUUAAUCAUUGCAACAUGGAAGGAGACAUAUAGAGAUACAUUAUGGGAUGUAAAAUGCUUAAUUCAUUUUGCGUUAUUAUAAUUAUCAAAUUAAAGAAUUUUCUUUCAAUAAACUCUUUUUUUUUUCAGAUUAUCGCUCCCGUCUUCAUGCCCUUCCACCACAGGAAGUAGUCAAAAAUAUGUCUCCUUUCGUCAAUGAACGAAUGCGAAAACGAAGGUGCUUCGCUGACAAGGAGCUGGAGAUGGUCAUGCUGGAGAGAGAGCGGCGGACAGAGCUGACCAAUCAACAGCUGGCCAUGCAGCAUGCCCAGCGCAGCUCAGUGUUUGGCCGAAGCGUCCAGCCUUGCCCGCAGUCUCAAAUCGACAUCGCGAAAUCGAGACUGCUGCUGGGCAACAUGACGCCGAGAGAAUUUCUGCAGCGGGUAUUCCCGAAUCACAACCCCAACCUGCUCGAACUGGUGUGGCAAGGAUGUGGUGGAAACUUGGAGCGCGCCAUCGAACAACUCGCAUCUGGGAUCAAAUCCACUUCUCCCCUCCUGUCCACGCUCAGACCGAACUUCACCGCCCCACCGACGUUCACCCACAGAACUCACUUCCCCCCCAGCCAGGGGUCGCCGGCUCCCCCAAUCCCGACACCCGGGCUUCAGAAUUCGGGAAACGUUUCAAAGUUUUUCAAUAUCUACCCUUUGAUUUUUCCUCCCCCGUUUCUAAUCCCCCGACCACAUCUGCCGAGCCCUGAUUAUCACGGGCACGAAACCGACGACGAAGCGUCCAGGGAGGUGUCUCUUUCGCCAGACGACAGCCAGAAAACGGUCAAGGUGAGAAGCACUGAAUCGUGUUGUCCACACAACUUGAGCCCGCGCUCGGAAAACACAUCUCCGCGACCAAGCACCGCGUACUUUCAAAGAAGAUCCCAAAACAGUGCCGCGGGAACCUCCCCACCGCCGCCAGUGUUCCAUUACGACGUCUGCCGCAGUUCGUCUUCCACGUCUCCACACGACCUGAGUAAGCGUCUAGCGGCAUCGCCGACGGCACGGUCAUUUUCAGGAAUACCUCCAUCCACAGCGGCACCAUCCUCACCGACAUGUUCGCCAACGGCUGCGGUGGCUCUUGAAGAAAAACAUCCACCUGGCAGAUCACAUCCGGGGCUCACGUGCAGAGGACCCAUGGAGUAUUCAGACGAUUCGCCGUUAGCACUCUCAAAAUCUAAGACUGAAUGUUCUCACAUCAGUAAAAUGUGGAGAGACUCCAGCAACGAGAGUACUAAAGAAAUUGCAUGCGCACCGCAAGACGAUUCUAAAUUUAGACCUGAUGCUUCUGAACGCGUUGCCAAGAAAGCACCCUACCUCAAGUUUUCUGUGGAGGCCAUCAUGGGGCGAACGUGACGAAAGCAACCUUGACCUUUGCAUUACAGUGUGUGAUAACUCUUGUGGGAUAUUGUCGAUAAAGUUUGGUUGUGUUUAAGUUUAAAAUAUUACUUUCUUAAAAUACAGCAAUGAUUGUCAAACUUUGCGAGGAACAAAAAAAAAAAAAAAGAAAAAAAAAAAAAAAAAA